UCCCUCUUCUCCCCCUUUCUCCUCCCGUGAAAGCUUCGGGGCGAAGGAAGCACUUUCCUUCUCCUCAGAUCCCGUCCCCUUAUCGCUACCAGAUCUGUUUCUUUGUAAGACUUGCCGCUCUGCUGCAUUGAACAUCCUCCCUAUCGUUCUCAGUUGCGAAAUCUCUUCUUUUCUAGGGUUUUUCCAAGCAUUCGUAAUCUUCCUACAAUCCCUCGCUCCUCCCUUCUCCGCGUUCUCCAACGGAAAUGAGGACGCCGGAGACCAACUGGGAGAGGCUGGUCAGGGCAGCGUUACGCCUGGAGCGGUUGGGCGUAGUCGUUAGCGAGCAGCAGCCCGUCAGUGGCGUCGCAGGAAAUGUCCCGUCCUCCCUGACAAACAACACACAUAUCGACGAGAUAUUGAGAGCGGCAGACGAGAUUGAAGAUGAGGACCCUAACAUUGCGAGAAUUUUAUGUGAGCAUGCAUAUUCCUUGGCACAAAAUUUGGAUCCUAACAGCGAGGGUAGAGGUGUGCUACAAUUCAAAACUGGCUUGAUGUCAGUCAUAAAGCAAAAACUUGCCAAGAGGGAUGGUAGAACAAUAGAUCGUAGCCAGGACAUUGCUCGUUUACAGGAAUUCUAUAAACAUUACAGAGAGAAUAACAAAGUUGAUGAAUUGCGGGAAGAUGAGAUGAAGAUGAGGGAGUCGGGUGUUUUUAGUGGCAACCUUGGAGAGUUGGAAAGGAAGACUUUAAAGAGAAAGAAGGUGUUUGCAACUUUGAGAGUCCUGGGAACGGUGCUGGAGGAGCUUACCAGGGAGAUGGCUCCUGAUGCUGCUCAAAAUUUGAUAUCAGAAGAGAUGAAGCGUGUGAUGGAAAAAGAUGCUGCAAUGACUGAGGAUGUAAUUCCUUAUAAUAUUAUUCCACUUGAUACACAAUCCAUUACAAAUGCCAUUGUCAAUUUACCAGAGGUGAAAGCAGCAAUAUUAUCUUUGAAGUACUAUGCCAACCUUCCUAAGCUUCCUAGUGAUUUUUCACUUCCUGCUACAAGGAGUGCUGAUGUGCUUGACUUGUUGCAUUAUGUUUUCGGGUUCCAGAAAGAUAAUGUCAGUAAUCAACGGGAACAUAUAGUUCACCUUCUUGCCAAUGAGCAGUCAAGGUUUGGGUGUGUUUUAGGCAGUGAACCUAAAAUAGAUGAAACUGCUGUAACCAGUGUCUUCAAAAAGUCUCUUGAGAACUAUACCAAGUGGUGCAACUAUUUGCCGCUUCAGCCAGUAUGGAAUAACAUGGAUAACCUUAGCAGGGAAAAGAAGUUGUUGUAUGUUAGUUUAUACUUCCUGAUAUGGGGAGAAGCUGCCAACAUUAGGUUCCUUCCAGAAUGUUUGUGUUACAUAUUUCAUCAUAUGGCAAGAGAAUUAGAGGAGAUAUUACGGCAGCCUAUUGCACAGUCUGCCAAGAGCUGUAUUUCACCUGAUGGAGUUUCAUUUCUCAGUCAACUUAUUUUUCCUCUGUAUGAUGUAAUUGCAGCUGAAGCUGCUAACAAUGACAAUGGUCGUGCACCACAUUCAGCUUGGAGAAACUAUGAUGAUUUCAAUGAGUUCUUUUGGUCUCUUCGUUGCUUUCAGCUGGGUUGGCCUUGGAUGCUUAGCUCACCAUUUUUCACAAAGCCUAGCAAGAAUACAAUGGGCAUACUAUCUUCCGGUGGAAGCAAGCAUUAUGGGAAAACAUCUUUUGUGGAACACCGAACUUUUCUUCAUCUUUAUCAUAGUUUCCAUCGACUCUGGAUCUUUCUUUUUAUGAUGUUUCAGGGAUUAACAAUCAUUGCCUUCAAUAAUGGUGUGAAUUCGACGACAAUUAAGCAGGUUCUUAGCCUAGGUCCUACUUAUGUUGUGAUGAAGUUUAUAGAAAGUGUUCUAGAUAUCCUCAUGAUGUAUGGGGCAUUUUCAACAUCACGUCGAUCAGCUGUUACCCGAAUAUUUGGUCGUUUUCUAUGGUUUUCAGUUGCUUCUUUUGCUGUCUGCUAUUUUUAUAUUAAGGCACUGCAAGAUGGUUCCAGUUCUGCUGCUUUCAGAAUAUAUAUCUUUAUGAUCGGAAUUUAUGCUGCAUAUAAUCUCUUCAUUGGCUUCCUUGUGAGAAUUCCAUUCUGUCAUCGCCUAACGGAUUUAUGUUAUCGUUGGCGUAUUGUGCGUCUAGUGAGAUGGCUGCACCAAGAACAUUACUAUGUUGGACAGGGCAUGUAUGAGAGGACUAUUGACUAUAUUAAAUAUGUACUUUUCUGGUUGGUCAUUCUUGGCGGGAAGUUUUCAUUUGCCUAUUUUCUCCAGAUCAAGCCACUUGUAUCACCAACUAAAACUAUUGUCAAUUUUCGGAACUUGCAAUACUCAUGGCAUGAUUUGAUGUCUCGGAACAAUCAUAAUGCACUGACGAUUCUUAGCCUAUGGGCACCUGUUUUUGCUAUUUACCUUUUGGAUAUUUAUAUCUUUUACACCGUGGUCUCAUCUGUUUGGGGAUUCUUACUUGGUGCAAGAGAUCGUUUGGGUGAGAUCAGGUCUGUUGAAGCUGUUCAUAACCUCUUUGAGAGAUUUCCUGCAGCAUUUAUGGACAAUCUUCAUGUGCCUCUUCCAAAAAGGAAACAAUUAUCAUCGUCAGGUCAGGGUGAAGAAUUGAAUAGGCUUGACGCUGCUAGAUUUGCUCCCUUUUGGAAUAAAAUCGUGGGAUGUUUGCGAGAAGAGGAUUACAUUAGUGACCCUGAGAGAGAUUUACUUAUUAUGCCUAAGAAUUCUGGAAUACUUCCAAUGGUCCAGUGGCCAUUAUUCUUGUUGGCCAGCAAGAUAUUUGUGGCAAGAGAUACAGCAGCAGAAUCCAAGGAUUUACAGGAUGAUCUCUGGUUGAGGAUUUCGAGAGAUGAAUACAUGGGAUAUGCAGUCAAGGAGUGUUAUCAUAGUAUUAAAGUUAUUUUGAUGUCUUUACUUGAUAAAGAAGGACAACUGUGGGUGGAGAGAAUAGACGAGGAUAUACAUGAGAGUAUUAGGAAAAAGAACAUACAAACAAACUUCAGGUUGAGCAAGUUACACUUCGUGAUGUCGAGAAUUUCUGCUUUAACUGGUAUUCUGAAAGGGGAAGAAUCUGCUGAACGGUUAAAAGGAGCUGUUAAUGCAGUCCAAGAUCUAUAUGAAGUGGUUCACCAUGAUGUUCUUGCUCUUGAUAUGAGUCACAAUAUUGAUGCUUGGGCUCAAAUAACCAAUGCAAGAGCUGAAGGUCGCCUCUUCUCUAAUCUGAAUUGGCCUAAAGAUCCUGAAAUGAAAGCACUGAUAAAGAGAUUACAUGCACUUCUGACUACCAAUGAAUCUGCCUCAAAUGUUCCUAGAAACUUGGAAGCUAGGCGUAGGCUGCAAUUUUUCACGAACUCUAUGUUCAUGAAAAUGCCAAUAGUAAAGGCAGUUUCUGAAAUGCUAUCUUUCAGUGUAUUUACUCCCUAUUAUUCUGAGACUGUGCUCUAUAGCCUGGAUGAACUCCAUAAGAAAAAUGAGGAUGGAAUAUCUACUUUGUUUUACCUCCAAAAAAUUUAUCCAGAUGAGUGGAAAAACUUUUUGGAACGCAUUGGAAGAAAGGAAGACACUGAUGAUUCUGAGCUUCUUGAGAGUGAAAAUGAUAAACUGGAACUCCGCUUUUGGGCUUCUUAUCGUGGACAAACCUUAGCAAGAACUGUUCGUGGGAUGAUGUACUAUAGAAAAGCUCUUAUGCUUCAAAGUUAUUUGGAGAGGACCUCUGAAGAUGGUACUAUUCCUGGAACUGCUAAUGCAAUGGAUCUUGCUGAGGGGUUUGAUCUGUCUCCACAAGCACGUGCACUGGCAGAUCUUAAGUUCACUUAUGUUGUAACUUGUCAAAUCUAUGGGAAACAAAAGGGAGAAGGAAAGCCAGAAGCUAAGGACAUUGCAAUGCUCAUGCAACGGAACGAAGCCCUUAGAGUUGCUUUUAUUGAUGAGGUUGAGACCGUGAAGGAUGGUAAACCUCACACAAAUUAUUAUUCAAGACUAGUUAAAGCUGACAUUCAUGGAAAGGAUAAGGAAAUAUAUUCUAUUAAGCUUCCUGGGAAUCCCAAGCUUGGUGAAGGUAAGCCAGAAAAUCAAAACCAUGCAGUAAUAUUUACUAGAGGAAAUGCAGUUCAGACAAUUGAUAUGAAUCAAGAUAACUAUUUUGAAGAAGCUUUGAAGAUUAGGAAUCUUCUUGAGGAGUUCCACUUAGUUCAUGGAAAACAUAAACCAACUAUUUUAGGCAUCCGAGAACAUGUCUUUACUGGCAGUGUUUCAUCUUUGGCGUCAUUCAUGUCCAACCAAGAAACAAGCUUUGUAACUCUUGGCCAACGUGUUCUUGCUAAUCCACUCAAAGUGCGGAUGCAUUAUGGCCAUCCAGAUGUUUUUGAUAGAAUUUUCCACAUAACCAGAGGUGGUAUGAGCAAGGCAUCCCGCAUUAUAAACAUCAGUGAAGAUAUUUAUGCAGGUUUUAAUUCAACUUUGCGGCAGGGUAAUGUCACUCAUCAUGAGUACAUUCAGGUUGGAAAAGGAAGAGAUGUUGGUUUGAAUCAAAUUGCACUUUUUGAGGGGAAGGUUGCUGGAGGCAAUGGAGAACAAGUCCUCAGUAGGGAUGUUUACAGACUUGGACAGCUCUUUGAUUUUUUCCGAAUGAUGUCUUUCUAUGUUACAACAGUGGGGUUUUACUUUUGUACAAUGUUGACUGUGUUGACCGUGUACAUAUUUCUGUAUGGAAGAGCUUAUUUGGCUUUUUCUGGAAUUGGUGAAGCAAUUCAAACUAGAGCUAAUGUACUACAGAAUACUGCCCUUGAUGCUGCUUUAAACACACAGUUUCUUUUCCAGAUUGGUGUCUUCACAGCUAUUCCAAUGAUUUUGGGCUUCAUACUAGAAUCUGGUUUUCUGACGGCUGUUGUUAGCUUUACUACGAUGCAAUUCCAGCUUUGCUCGGUCUUCUUCACAUUCUCUCUUGGAACGAGGACACACUAUUUUGGCCGAACCAUUCUCCAUGGAGGUGCUAAGUACCGUGCCACUGGUAGAGGUUUUGUUGUUCGUCAUAUCAAGUUUGCAGAGAACUAUAGGCUUUACUCACGCAGCCAUUUUGUUAAGGGAUUAGAAGUUGUUCUUUUGUUAAUAAUAAUGCUUGCAUACGGUUACAAUAAUGGUGGAGCUGUUUCAUACAUCCUAAUCUCUGUUAGCAGUUGGAUCAUGGCAUUAUCUUGGCUUUUUGCUCCAUAUUUGUUUAAUCCAUCUGGUUUUGAGUGGCAGAAGACGGUGGAGGAUUUUGGAGAUUGGACAGAUUGGCUGUUUUACCGAGGUGGAAUUGGAGUAAAGGGCGAGGAAAGCUGGGAAGCUUGGUGGGAUGAGGAACUGGCGCAUAUACAUACUCUUCGUGGAAGGAUAUUAGAAACUAUCUUGAGCUGCAGAUUUUUCUUCUUCCAGUAUGGUAUUGUGUACAAGCUGCAUGCAUCUGGAAGCGAUACGUCAAUCACAGUAUAUGCCUGGUCAUGGAUUGUGUUUGCUGGGCUGGUUAUCCUUUUCCAGGUUUUUACUUUUGGCCAUAAGGCGUGGGUGAACUUCCAAUUACCAUUGCGUCUCAUUCAAAGUGUCACAUUAUUGUUAUUAUUGGCUGGGUUAGCUGCUGCGAUUGUUCUUACUGCUCUCUCUGUGACUGACAUCUUAGCAUGUAUCUUGGCUUUCAUACCAACUGGAUGGGCAAUUAUUUCUAUAGCGGUUGCAUGGAAACCCGUGUUAAAGAAGUUGAGAAUUUGGAAAUCAGUUCGCACUCUUGCCCGUCUAUAUGAUGCUGGGAUGGGCAUGUUCAUUAUUGUCCCUAUAGCCAUGUUUUCUUGGUUGCCUUUUGUAUCCACAUUCCAAACUCGGCUUCUUUUCAACCAGGCCUUUAGCAGGGGAUUGGAGAUAUCACUGAUCCUUUCUGGAAAUAAUCAGAACAAUGGAUAAACAUAAACCUAUUUUGAGUGCAUAUCGAACAUUGUUGUAAUUUCAGAUUCAGGCACGUAUUAGUGACUUUUGUACGCACAUUUGUAUAUUAAUAGGAAGUACAAAAUAUUUGUUGUCUGUACUAGAAUAUUACAUGCAAGGUAGCUAAUGCAUAUCACGGUGUUGAGGUAACUUGUGUGUAUAUCUAUCUACCUAUCUAUAUUCAAAAAAAAAAAAUCAACAUGAAUUUGAUAUGCA